GGUGAAAAUGGUAAGGGAUUGAGUAUAGAUACAAGAAGACUGAGUAAAAAAGAACAGAAGAAAGUAGAUACAGGUUAUGUAAGAUAUGCUAUUAAAGAAUAUGUUGGUAAUCUAGUGUCCGUCAGAAGAAACUUACCUGACCCUCGAAUACAAGAUUGUAAAGAUAUCUCGUAUCCUAAAGAUUUACCUAAAACCAGUAUCAUUAUGUGUUUCCACGAUGAGGCUUGGACAUCACUAUUGAGAAGUGUACAUAGUAUUAUAGAUAGAACUCCACCAAGACUCGUAGAAGAAAUUAUUUUAGUUGAUGAUAAUUCUACGUAUGAUCAUCUUAAAGAUCCACUGGAGGAGUACAUGAGCCAGUUUCCUAAAGUCAAAAUAAUACGUACAGAAAGAUGGGAGGGGUUGAUACGAGCCCGGCUGUUCGGUUUAAAUCAUACUUCACCCAAAUCUACAAUCGUUACAUAUCUUGACGCUCAUAUUGAAUGUAUGGACGGAUGGUUGGAGCCAUUGUUGGAACCAAUCAUGAAGAAUCCAAGAACGGUUACCAUGCCAACUAUAAAUACCAUAGAUUCUACAACAUUUGCUGUAGAUACUGAUCAAGCAGAGCAAGUCGGUAUUUUUAAAUUCCCCGCACUUCGGUUUUUCUGGAUGAAAACACCAGAAAGAAUUGACAGAGCUCGAAAAUCACCUGCAGACAAUAUCCAGUCGCCAGCAAUGGCAGGAGGAUUAUUCAGCAUCAGUAAAGUAUUUUUCAAUCACAUUGGUACUUAUGAUAACCAGUUAGAUAUUUGGGGUGGUGAGAAUAUCGAAAUUUCUGUUAAGAUUUGGAUGUGUGGGGGCAGUCUCUUACUUUCUCCAUGUUCUCACGUUGCCCACAUCUUCAGGAAGCGGCUACCUUAUAUUGGUGGUUAUCACGAAAUGUUACGAAAUCUUGGAAGAGUGGCCAAUGUUUGGUUCGAUGAUUAUAAGUAUAAAUUUGUCAACCAAAAAGGAAACAUGGAUCCUUUUGGUGAUAUUUCUGAAAGAGUCAAGUUACGUGAAAAAUUACAGUGUAAUGAUUUUGAAUGGUAUAGAAGGAAUAUUUUUCCUGAAAUGUAUUUUCCUGGAAGUGGUGUACAUUAUGGGAACAUACAAAGUGUUGCAGAGCCUAAUAUAUGUAUAGAUGGUGGUAAAUUAAAACGCAGUGAGCCAAUACUACCAUACCCUUGUCAUGGUGAAGAAAACCAGCAAUGGGAUUAUACCGAAUCUAUGCAGAUCAGAAUGAGAGACUUAUGUGUAGAUCUAAGUGGUGGUGCGUUUAAAACUGAGUCUUGUGGGGGCUAUGAUGCACAAAAUUGGAAAUAUCAUGUAUGUAGAGUGAAUGCCACAUGA